GUUUGUCUUCUAGUGAUUAAAUUCAGAGAAUUAAUGGUGCUAGGAUUGCUCUAGCCAGUGAUUGCAAGAGCUUUAUGAGCAUUGUAAGGGUUAGGUUCCUUCGACCAAUGUGUGUAAAGCUGCAUUUGUUUGACGAAGGCCAAGACUCCAGAGAGACAAAGCUAUAAGUCCACUUUCUAGUGGCUGCCAUGGAGGCUUCUCAUAUCCUCGGAGGCAUGGAAGAUGAAAAACAUAGCAGCAGUGAGUCUGGUUGGACCAUGUAUAUUGGCUCCUCCACCAGAGAAAACGAUCGCUACAAUUACAUUGAUGAGUACGAUUGUGAUACUCAUGAACAGGAAGAAGACAACCACAAAAAUCAUCGCGGCAACUAUGACGGUAACAGCCACAAUGAUGAUGAGAGUGAUGACUCAAUGGCUUCAGAUGCCUCUUCUGGGCCGAGUCAUCACAAACUUCCAUGCAGCAGUGAGCAAAAUCUGGGGAUGGAUCGUCACAAGCAUGAAACGCUUAAGUCCACCUCCACAGAAAAACUUCACAAACAGGUGAUCAAAAGGGACCAAAGAAGAAACAAAAUUGAGAAGGAAAAGUUAGAGCGUAAGGCAAUUAGUGCUGCUAGUCAUGUUCGAAGUGGAGAGAAAGUGAAGACAAUCAACAUUAUGAGCCAGGAAGAAUAGGUGUGUCCCAAAUUUCCCCAGCACUCUGUUAGUGACGCAUGGCUGCUGAUUCUGUUUCUCAGGAUUUCACAAAAUCAGUAUCAAUGUUGAAUGGGGUAUAGCUGGCUAGAGAAUCUCAUAGAUGUUUCACGGUGAAGCAUAUAUCAGGGUGUUUUAAUGCGUUCUAUGUAAGUUCCUUAUUAUUGUUACUGCUAUUCUCAUCAUCAUCAUCAUCAUUAUGAAUGUUUUUAGUAUUAAAUUCUGUUGCAAAGAUUGUUACAUGAGAAUUGAAAAGAGCUAG